ACGGCUGGCUUACAUUCUUUGUGCGUCGACCUGUCAGGACAAGCAGACGCACAACGUCAGCAGUCAGAGGGAUGAGUAGGGGGCACCACGGCCGCCCAGUUCCAAUCUAGCAGGGCCACUCACACUAGUCAGUGCAGGGAGAGCAAGAGAGAGAGAGAGAGAAACAGAAACACACACACACACACGCUGAGGGGUGUGUCAAUACAUGUUUAGUUCCUCAAGGAAGUACAAGUCCAGCUUAUCAGAGGCAAGAGAGGCGAGUGCAGAAGACUUGGUUGGAAAAUGAAGCGCUGCCAUUGAGGUCAGAGCCAGCCGCAGGACGACCACACACUCAGCCAUGGACCACUUCAGCUCCAAGGACAUGGCCUUAAAGGUCCAGAAGAAGAUUCUCAGCAGCGUGGCCAACAAAACCUCCGUCCAGAUGUUCAUCGACGACAACACCAGCGAAAUCCUGGACGAACUGUACCGUUUCUCCAAGGAGUACUCGGGCAACAAGUCCGAGGCCCAGAAGGUGGUCAAAGACCUGAUCAAGAUCUCGGUGAAGAUCGGCCUUCUGUUCCGAAACAACCGCUUCAGCACCGAGGAGCUGAGCCUGGCACAAGACUUUAAAAAGAAGUUACACCAAGGAGCCAUGACGGCCAUCAGCUUCUACGAGGUGGACUUCACCUUCGACAAAACCGUGAUGUCCGACCUGCUGACAAGCUGCAGGGACCUGCUGCUCAAACUAGUCAACAGCCACCUGACGCCCAAAUCUCACGGCCGCAUAAACCACGUCUUCAACCAUUACGCCGACCCCGAGCUCCUCACUAAGCUGUACGAACCCGCCGGGCACUUCAGGCCUAACCUGACCCGAAUCUGCAAAGGACUCAACAAACUGGUGGAGGAAGGGACAAUAUGACCCCCCCUCAAGUGAGACCUGAUCAAGACUCACAACUGUCUUGCUGCUACUGAGGACACAGCCUGCGAGACACUCCACUUGGGAACAACGCAUCCAGCACCAAGGUUCUACGAGAACACCAAGCCUCUGGAGAGGCUGAUUUUCAGAUUGUUUGUUUUGGGGGUGUCGAUGUGAGAGGUCACACUUUAUUCACUGUCUUCAUAUUCAGACUUUUUGUAUGAUCGGCCUCAUUCUCAACCACUGAUGUUUAGAUUAAAGAGGCACAAUCCUUUGAAGCAAUGCCGCCCUCUGGUGGUCACACGGGUGCUUUGGAAAGGGGGAACAACAUUAUGCAGAAUUUUUUAAAAACAGCCAAGAAUAAUAAUAUGAGUAAUAAUAAAUGACUGUUACAGCAACAA